CAGCCAGAAGUGUAUUUGCGCUCACUCACCUCGUUAUGAGCUGCUGCGUCUGCGUCCUGCCAUGCCAUCCUAGUGGAUUCUCACUGAACAGAGUUGAAUCCAGCUAGAUGUUCUCCUAAAUAGCUGGAUAUUAUGUACAGUGGACUUUUAAAGGAGGAGCCCUUUCUUGACCUCUCAGAUUGUAGUGUGGAGCAAAGGAGAACAUAAUAUAUCUCAUCAAAGCUGUACUGGUGUGCUGAAGAUUGUGUUGUUUUAAACAAGGACUGAGCCCUGUGUGUGUGUGUGUGUGUGUGUGUGUGUGUGUGUGUGUGUGUGUGUGUGUGUGUGUGUGUGUGUGUGUGUGUGUGAAAGAGAAAAUAAUGGCUGGAUGUUGCAUGUCUGCGGAGGAGAAGGAACGGCAGAGGAUAAAUCAGGAGAUUGAAAAACAACUUAGGAAGGACAAGAAAGACUCCCGUAGAGAACUCAAACUGCUGCUGUUGGGCACAGGUGAGAGUGGCAAGAGUACCUUCAUUAAACAAAUGAGGAUCAUUCAUGGCUCUGGAUAUACUGAUGAAGAUAAAAAGGGCUUCAUUAAGCUCAUCCACCAGAACACAAUCAGUGCCAUGCAGUCCAUGGUCAGAGCUAUGGACAUGCUCAAGAUUGCUUAUGCUCAAUCAGAGAACCAGGGUCAUGGUGAAUUGGUGAAUGAUACUGAGGUGGAUAAGAUCAUGACUUUGGAACCAGCCCAAGUGAACGCCAUCCGCAGUCUAUGGAAUGACACAGGGAUUCAGGAAUGUUACGACCGCCGUCGAGAGUACCAGCUAACAGACUCUGCCAAAUACUACCUGAGUGACCUAGAUCGAAUUUCAGAUGCAGCGUAUGUCCCGACGGAGCAGGAUAUUCUCAGAGCCAGGGUUCCAACCACAGGUAUCAUCGAGUACCCGUUUGAUCUGGAGAAUGUCAUUUUCAGGAUGGUGGACGUUGGAGGCCAGAGGUCAGAGCGCCGGAAGUGGAUUCACUGCUUUGAGAACGUCACCUCUAUCAUCUUCCUGGUGGCUCUGAGCGAGUACGAUCAGGUUCUUGCUGAAUGUGACAAUGAGAACCGCAUGGAGGAGAGUAAAGCUUUGUUUAAAACCAUCAUCACGUAUCCCUGGUUCCAGCAGUCAUCUGUGAUUCUCUUCCUGAAUAAAACAGACAUCCUGAAAGAGAAGAUCGUCUAUUCUCACCUGGCCACCUACUUCCCAGAAUUCACAGGUCCCCAGAAUGAUCCAAAGUCAGCGCAGGAAUUUAUUCUUAAAAUGUACCAAGAACAAAACGAAGACAAAGACAAAUCCAUCUACUCACACUUCACCUGUGCCACUGACACAGAGAACAUCCGACUGAUCUUCGCUGCUGUGAAAGACACCAUCCUCAGACACAAUCUAAAAGAGUUCAACCUGGUGUAAAAUCCAUAUCUAGUCUUUUCCCUGAAGGAGAAUCUCUAGUCCUGCUCUCUAAAGCCAUUCUUCCAGAACCAACAUUGAGUAGUUAGCCAUCAGAUUAUAAUAACAUUAUUCUACCUAAGAACUUUGAGGAAUUAACUAGGGGAAGGGUUCAGUGGAGUAGAUCUGGACUGGGUUCUUGAAAACAAGCCUUAAUCUAAGGAACAAAUUGUAUUUUUAGUCCUAUUUAGAACCUCUAAAAUCUGGAUAGGCUACAUCCAGAACCGAUGUAGUUAUGGCUGUUUUGUUCUUUCUGUGAGUAGAGGUUAUAAAGGAUGCUACUUAAUCGAUUUUAAGGCGAAAUACAUUAUUGCUAAUUUUACUGCUGUAAUUGAUCAAAGUCUUAAGGACAACUUGUAUAAGAGCAUUUAAAUGGCAAAGUAGAGGGAAAAGUUUACAUGCGAAAAAUUUGUUCUGGGUUAAAAAAAUAAAAAUAACCUUUACUACCUAUUUUAAAAGGAUUUGAUGGUUUUACUGUUAAAUUUUACAUUGUAAAUUAUAUUUAUCAUCUUGAACAUAAUGCAUAUUCCAUUAAAAAAAAUUAACCAUUUCACAGGGCAAACUUCAGAAAUGUUCCAUAUUUAUUUUACACAGCCACUAAACAGAGUUAUAGUUUAAUUCUUUAUUUUACCUCAGUACUGAAUGUGUACUAAUGGUUAAGAACAAGUUGUAGUGAAUACCUGAAGUGCCUUUGAACUGUAAUGUCUUUGAUAAUAUUUAUUAAAUGGGAAAA